AUGGCAUUAUGACAUAACAGCACAAUGUUACUACUUGUUUUAUUAGUAUUGGUUCUUCCUCUCGUGCACAGCAAUUCUACUGAGUGUCCUAAUAUUAAAACGUCAUUGAAUUCUAUACGAAAGAAACGUCAUUUAUUAUUUCCGAAAGGUAGCAACAUUGUGCUAUCAGUGUCUUUGUUACAAUCGCUUCUUACUCAUGUACCAUCUGGUUGGAAUGCAGUUAUGGAGAUAGACUUGUUGUAUCCACUCCCGGACGAAGAGUUUUCCAAACAGCAUAGGAGACGAAAACUUCAUCACCAGCAGAAGAGAGAUUUUUGGGAAAGGCUGGAGAGUGCUAUCAAUUUGCACAACUUAAACGGCAGAGCAUGUGUUCUAAGGAGUGUUUGUGAAGCUCAGGGACAAUUGGCGCCUCCAGGAAAGUCACUCGUGCAUGAUCUUCUAAGGGCAGUAUUUAUGCCUCAGCUGCACGAGGAUGACUUCAGAUCUGAAAUGGAUGAAUCAUACAAUGAACUGCUGGAUAAUGAUUUUUGUGAACAGGCUAACGAUUGUCCUAUUUCUAUUCUUAACUCUAUAUUAGCUUUUAAUAGAAAUAAAUUUUAAUACAUUAUGAUAACCAUUAAAUAGUUUUAUUAUUGUAUCUGCA